AUGGGUGUAUCAAGACGGAUUGAUCCUACAGCUAAACACGCCUCAGAUGUGCACUCCUACCUCUCAGAUGCAGCUGGAGCGAUAUUUCACGAAGGAAACACUAUAGUGCCUCCCAAGAAAACCAAACCAGAAGACGUUCCCGAUUCUAUAAUACACCGGAAUUCUGGUAACCGAGAUUCGGGAAUAGACAGUAGAGGUGGUGACGCAGACACAAAAAGUGACAUUGAACCCAUUGUCACAGUGCACACAUCCCCUGAUACCACUGUGGACACUAAUAACAACAACAACAAUGUCCGUUAUUCAGACGGUGAUGACAGUCGGCCUGUAAGAAACAUCACGGUUGUUUGUGUUAAUUAUACGACGAUCACUCUGGGUGGAUCGAAACAAGCCUCGAUGGGGUUUAUGAAGGAUUGGUUCAAUACAGUCCACUUCCUGGCCAGGAACAAAGAGAAGGCAAUCUUGUACUUGGUGCUGGGCAUCUGUGCUGGAAUCAUCACUCUUCUCUCUGUUGCACUCACCAAGAUCGGCAUUGACUACAAGCGUAACGUGAAGGCCAAACUGGAUGUUACAGAGCCCACACACAGUCACAAUGCCACAAACAAUCACCACCAUAAUCCACUGGAAGGUCCUUCAUUAGAGCAUGCAGACUCUUUAGACCGCAUUGAAGUGGUCCGAUUUAGUCCACGGGGCACAUUACGCAGCGAUCAUGGAAACCGCAGUUUAAGUAAUUAUUAUGGAUGAUAAAUGAUGCAGCAUUGGCAAUGUCGGAUAUUAUUUUUGUCAUGAGCAUGUUGAUAGUCAAAGUAUCAUUUUUGUCAUGAAGAUUUUAGAUGGUCAAAGUAUCAUUUUUAUCAUGAAGAUUUUGAUGAUCAAAGUAUGAUAUUUAUCAUGAAGAUUUUGAUGGUCAAAGUAUCAUUUUUCUCAUGAAGAUUUUGAUGGUCAAAGUUUUAUUUUUAUCAUGAAGAUUUUGAUGGUCAAAGUAGUAUUUUUAUCAUGAAGAUUUUGAUGGUCAAAGUAUCAUUUUUCUCAUGAAGAUUUUGAUGGUCAAAGUAUCAUUUUCUUGUGAAUACUUUGGCAGUCAAAAUAUCAUUUUUCUUAUGAAUACUUUGAUGGCCUGUAAGAUAGAAUUGUACACAUAUACUAGUCUGGACAAUGCUUUGUGUGGUGAUAAUUUGAGGAGGGCUUACUAAUAAGAAGCUGCUUCUCGUAAGAAUGUUCCAGAAUUUUAGACGGUUAAAAAAGUGCAAACUAGUCCAGCAAUUUGAAAACAUGGAAGUGAUGGACACGGUUGAUUCGAAGUACAUGUAUUUUAUACUGUGUUGGUCUGUGAUGGACAUGUAUCAUGGAUUAAACUAGUCCAACGAAUCCAUUGUGAAUUAAAGUGCUUUUUUUCUGGAUAAGAAGGAGGCAGUGUGUUGGAGUUACCUCCCUCGAGCUUUGUGUUCACUUACAUUUUCUCAACAACUGCAUUACCAAAGAUUUCAAUAUUCAAGGGAAUUCCAGGACAUAUGAUCUAACAGAUGAGAAAAUAAGCUAUCCAUAACGUUCCCAGUGCUAUGCUUGUGUUGGUCUGAUCACUGGAAAAUGAAGCUAUCCAUACUCUUCCCAGUGUUAAGAAUGCAAUGAUCAAUGGCAAAUUAAGCGAUCCAUGCUUUGUGCAGGGCCCUUAUUCUCAAAAAGGUAUGAUAUACAUUUAAGAGUAGACCUACCCUUAGCCACAACUAGUGGCAUACACAAAAUCAUGCAUCUUAUAAAUGGGUCAAAUUCAAUUUGAAGAAAUAUUACGAAAAGUAUAUGUACAUCAUUAUGUGACAUCUAUUGAAGUUUUAUUUUUAGAGUCGGUGUUAGAAGCGUUGUUCACAGUGAAUGGUCUCUUGUUUUUAUCGUGGCUAAAUUCCACCAUAUAUGUUAAAACAGCCUAAUUAUAUGCAUAAAUAUCACAAUAUACAUCUUAAUAUUAUGACCUUUUUCUUUCUGUUUUUUUUUAAAGGAAUAAAAGAUCAUUUUUCUACAGAACAGAAAGCUUACCAAAAAAAAAAAAAUGUCUUAUUAAUGACAAUUAAAUUAAUUUAAUUCCGAGAGACUUAGAAUUGGAGAUUAACAUCCAACCAAGUUAAGUUUAUGUUUAUGUUUAUGACCAGCUUUGAGAAUAAGGUACUGCUCAUAUGUAAAUGUAUGACAGACGAAACUGUCAAAUUUGAGUAUAAAGUUACACUUUUUCGAGAAUAUGGGUCCAUUUCUUUAGUUGAUGACUGAAAACUAAUCACCAAUAUUCUAGUGCUAUGGUCAUGAUGAUUAAAACGGGAGCAAAAAGUUAACCCUACUUUUUUUCCAGUGUUGUGACGACUGACAUUAAAACUGGAACCUAUUCAUACAUUUUUUCCAGUGUUACGCUUUUGUGAUGAUAGAUCUGAUUACUGGAACCAUAUUUUGUUUCAAAUGCAGUGGUUGUGAUGGUCGACGCUGAAACUGGAAGCUAUUAGUACAUUUUCCAGUGCUUUGCUUGUGAUGACCUGAUUACUGGAACACGAAGCUACCCAUACACCUUCCAGUGCCGUGGUUGUGAUGAUCUGAGUCAUAAUAUCACCGACUCUGACCUUGGUGUCAGUUUAGGGCAGCAGACAAAACUUUACACGAAUUAUAUAAAUGAUGUGCUGUGAUUGGUUAAAAACCAAGGUGUCGCUUUCUUCCCCGAUAGGUGAAACCUUCAUCACCGUCAAGGAAAUCAUGAUUUUACGCUUGUUUAAGAUAUACUAGGAAUGAACAUAUCCACAAUCAUUUACAUAUAAAACAUUAAAUGAAUUAUUUCAUUUUAUGUUUAAUUUACUGUUUAAUUUAAUUUAAUUUAAUUACCACAGGCAGCUGGUUCGGCCACACAAGAUUACUUUUUUUUUUCUCUUUUUUUUCUUUUUGAAAAUUAUACCUCAUAAGCAUUUCUAUGCAAAGAUUUUGUUUUAUAACCAAUUGCAAUCUUCUCUUCACAGGCUUGUUAUAUUUUGGAAAGAAAUUGUCAGAUUGUGUUACAGCUUUCUAAAUUAUGUAUCUGAAUACACAUGUAAUGGGAAUGAUAAAAUUCCCUAUUGUGUUCUUUAAUUCCAAAAUUUUAAUAUCACUUAAAUUGUCCUUGUUGUUAUUGAAAGACUCACAAUAAUCCCCUUUAAAUUUUAAGAUAUUUAGGUUUUUGUAUUUUUAUCCAUGGUCAUUUACAUAUCUGAAACAAAAUUUCAUAUUGUUUAAACUUUUUUAUGUAUGUAAAGUAAAACAUUUAAACCAAGGAAACAAUUUUUGAAUUCUAUUUCUUUAAAUACAAUUGAAUUAAAUUUAAAAUCUUACUUUUUUGUUAUUUCUAAAUCUUUUGAACCAUUAGGCUUUAUAAAAACAAAAAUAAGUUCAAAGGUAUUUGUGUUCAUUGGUGUUUUGGGUUUUGGGUUUUAUUAUUAUCAUUAUUAUUUUAAUUAAUUUAAAAUAAGCUUAUAUAAGAUAUAGAUUCUGUUUUACCCAAACAACUUGUUACAUGUUCUGUCUCAGUUUGAAAUCUGCUUCAAAUGUUUAUGACAGCAGACUUUUAGUAAUCAUAAUAAAAUAACAUGCACACACUUUUUAAUUUUGAUAGAUACAUAUAUGGGCACUUUGCUGUAUUAUUUUAUUUUUACAAAAGAAUAGGGCAGGCAUCUUAUAACUAAUGGCAUAGGUUUGGUUUAAGUACUAGUAUUUCAAUAAUGAAAGGUGCACAUUUAAAAUGGCAUUAAGCUGGAUAUAAAAAAAUCCAUGUUAAGUAUUUAUUUUGUUUUAUUUUUUUCUUGCUAUUCAGUAAUCAUAAUAUAUGUAAAUCCAUCUGAUUAUAAUUAUAUGGCAAAAUCCAUGUUAAGUAUUUAUUUUGCUUAAUUUUUUCUUGCUAUUCAGUAAUCUGAAUAUAUUCACAUGGUUAUAAUUAUAUGGCAACAGCAUAAGCGUAUGACAGGGUUAGCAUUAGGGGAAACUUGUAUAUUAAAUAUACUGAUGGAAAGAAAUAAGGGAACACAUCAAAUUGUAGACCAUAUUUAAUUCACUACUAGCGUAGUAAUGUGUAUUUCAUACCAAGUUGUAAUGUGGGA